AUGUUUCAACCCAUAACCGCCAAUUUUCAACCAAAAGGAGACCAACCUGCCGCUAUCAAAAAACUAGUGGAGGGUAUUCGGGAAGGAAAAAAAGAGCAAGUACUUUUGGGAGCCACCGGCACCGGAAAAACUUUUACCAUGGUUAACAUUAUCGAACAAACCCAAAAACCGACCCUAGUUCUGGCUCAUAACAAAACCUUAGCCAUGCAAAUCUAUCAGGAAAUGCAAGGUUUUUUUCCGCAUAAUCGAGUCGAAUAUUAUGUUUCUUAUUUUGAUUAUUAUCAACCGGAAGCCUAUAAACCAGUUAGCGACAUGUAUAUUGGCAAAAAAGUUCAGCGGAACGCCAGCAUUGCCAAAAUGCGGCUCAAAACUCUUAAUGCUCUGGUUACCGAUAAGCACGUAAUUGUGGUAGCCUCGGUAGCCGCCAUUUAUGGUUGUUUUAACCCAACUUCUUAUCGGAAAGUGGUUAUUCACUUAGCCAAGGGACAAAAAAUAGACCUUGAUUUAAUUCGAGAAAAAUUACUUCUGCUGGGAUACAAAAAUGAUAAAAAAAUCAAUUCCGGAAACUUUCAAAUCGAGGAAAAUAGCAUUUGUUUUAUCGAAGAUAAAAUCUCAAAAAUAGAAAAGAGAAACAAACAAAUAGAAGAAAAAGUUCAAGAACUAGCAAAAGUUGCUAUUCCGCCUAGUCAAGAUUAUGUAGGAGAGGAAGGAGAAGAAUUAAUUGAAAUUUUGUCCCAAAUUAACAAAGAGUUAGAGGAGCAAAAGGAAAAUCUGAGAAAAGAAGAUAAAUUUUUGGAAGCCGAAAGAUUAGAAAAAAGAGUUCGAGAGGACUUAUUUAAUUUACGUGAAAUGGGUUUUUGUCCGGGAAUUGAGAAUUAUUCCCAUUAUUUUGACAAAAGAAAGGUCGGAGAAACCCCUUUUACCCUGCUGGAUUAUUUUCCAUCCGGUUUUUUAACCAUUAUUGAUGAAUCACACAUUACUAUUCCGCAGAUAAAAGGAAUGUAUAACACUAAUCGCCAUCGGUUAGAAACCUUAAUAAAAUAUGGCUUUCGCCUACCUUCGGCAUUGGAUAACCGACCACUCAGUCAAGAGGAAUUUUUUCAAAAAGUUAAUUAUACUCUCUAUGUUUCGGCUACGCCGGGAGAAUUUGAACUAGCCAAAGUAAAUUAUCAACCGGUCGAGCAAAUUAUUCGUCCUACUGGAUUACUUGACCCCGAGAUAGAAGUAAGAAAUUCCCGAAACCAAAUUGAGGAUAUCAUGCAAGAAAUAGGGAAAAGAAAAAAAGAAGGGGGAAAAGUUUUGAUUUAUGCUCUAACUAUCCUCAUGUCCGAGGAUAUUGCUAGUUAUCUCCAAGAAAGAAAUAUUAAAGUAGUCUAUUUACACAGCCGGUUAGAAAUUUUUGAACGCUAUCAAACUAUUACUAGUUUGCGGAGGGGGGUAUAUGAUGUCAUAGUCGGAAUUAACUUAUUGAAAGAAGGAAUAGACUUACCGGAAGUUUCCUUGGUCUGUAUUUUGGAUGCUGACAAACCCGGAUUUUUACGGGAUACUCGUUCUUUAAUUCAAAUUAUUGGUCGGGCUUCUCGAAACAAAAGUGGCAAAGUUAUUCUUUAUGCGAACGAAAUUACUAAUAAUAUGCAUGGUGCCAUUAACGAAACUAAUCGGAGGAGAAAAAUCCAAGCAGAAUAUAAUAAUAAUAAUGACAUUACUCCUCAAACAGUCCAAAAACCGGUUCGAGAUAUAGUUCUUGACCCCGAAAUAACGGUUUUAGUUGAAAAAGCCCAGCGAGGAGAAAUAGCCGAAAAAGAAUUAACUAAACAAAUUAAAAUUUUACGACGGCAAAUGAAAAGGUCUACGCGGGAGUUUAAAUUCGACCAAGCCAUUGCUUUUCGAAAUGCUUUGCUGGAUUUAGAAAAAGUGGCAAAGAAAUCUCAAUAA